UUUUAGUUGAAUUUCUGACUUGGUUGUUGGUUGUUAUCGGUAUAAAUUAUUUUCUCUCUCUUCUCUUUCUUUUUGUUUCUGCAUGAUGUUGAUUCCAGUUUAUCUCUGUUCUACUAUCGGUGUUUAGUAAUGUUCAUUGUAAACAGUGUUCAUCUUUCACUUAAAUCGGUGUAACAAUCACCUUUUCUGGAGAGAUCAUCUUUAUACCGUCAUCAACAUUUUCCAGUGAUUUUUUCAUCUCUCUUGUCUUCACAAUCCAUUCAAUUUUUCUGCUUUAUAUUAUAUAAAAUAUAUAUUCUACACCAACUACUUACUACAGUUUGUAUCGCAAAAGAAAACUUGGUUAGAAAAAAAAAAGAAGAAACAAAAAUGACUGACCUUGGUUUACCCCUUAAUCAAGAAGAACCAAACACUAUUAAUGAUGGCAUCGGUACUGGAGAAGAGGAAGAGGAUGAACGUACAUCUCCUGUUCCUGCUAAAAUUCAGAAAACUUCUGAAAAUACGCUUGAUGUGACUAGAGCAAGUGUCACCAAGAUUGUCAAAGGGCUUUUGAAAAAGUCUCAAACAAUUCGGGCCAAAAAAUCAGUCAAUUUUAAAGGAGUGACUGUUUACUAUUUUCCCAGGUCACAGGGUUUUACUUGUGUUCCUAGUCAAGGAGGGUCAACUUUAGGUAUGGAUUCUCGCCACUGUUCAAUUCGAACAUUUACUUUAGACUCUCAUGCAGAAGAAAAGAAACGAGCCCAUCGAGAUAUUUUACUUCGACAACGUAAAUAUGCUAAAAUGGUUCAGAAACAAAGUUCCGGAUCAACAUCUGAAUCUGAAGAAGAUUCAAAUGAUGACAUAAGUGAUAUUUCUGAUUCAGAAUUAGAGAUGGACAGUUGUUACUUUCUUCAACCUGUUCCUUUACGUCAACGACGAGCUUUACUCCGGGAAUCGGGUGUCCACAAAAUAGAAACCAACGAGAAGGAGGAAUGUCGUGAUAUAAGAGCAUCGAGAGAGUAUUGUGGAUGCGAAUGUCAAGUCUACUGUGAUCCAGAGACAUGUCAAUGCAGUUUAGCAGGAAUCAAAUGUCAAGUUGAUCGUUUAUCCUUCCCCUGUGGUUGUAGCCGUGACGGGUGUGGUAAUCAAAAUGGUAGAGUUGAAUUUAAUCCCUUAAGAGUGCGUACUCAUUUUAUCCAUACAAUCAUGAGACUGGAAUUGGAAAGAAAGAACGAGCAACAAAGAGUUGAUGAAGUGAGUGGUCAAUCAUCAAGUGAUUCCUCGGACUCCUGUUCUAAUAUCGCUUUUUCGAGCUGUUCCAACACCUCAACUGGCCACUACUUAUCCAAUCAAGGUUUCAACAGUGGUGAAAAUAACUGUUGUAACAAUGGACCUCAUUGUGUUCUGACUAAUAAUCAUAGUUCCCUUAACUCGACUGGCCCUUGUUCCAGUCUUAGUGUUGGUAAUCAGUCUUUCAUUGACUCAAUAGUUGUUGGUGGCGCUACAAUUAACUCUAGUUGCUCAUCGCUAGAUAAUCAUUCAUCUCUUAGCUCAUUAGGUUCUAAUUGUAAUGGUAUGUCUGGAACUACGCUCAAUAGUAAUUUAAUGUGCUCUAACAUUACCAACGACUGUUUAGACGUUUAUAGCUCUUUCAGUCCUGAGGAUAGUUCAUAUUCUGAAAAUUCUGACUGUACAAGUGAAGAUUAUGAUUCAGACUUGAUUAAUGACGGAAGCAAUGAAAGCAGUAGUAAUAGUAAUUGUAAUAAUAACAUUACAAGGCCUGACUCUGGACUUGCUAGUUGCUCUGAAUUAAAUGGUAACAACAAUCACAAUGGUAUCCACAACUCGGUACAACAGCAGCAACAAAUCAAUUCUAAUUUUAAUCCGGGACAAGUAUCAAAUUCAAAAGGACAUUGGAAUCAAGAUCAUAAUCAAAGUUCAACUGAUUUAACACCAUUUGAUUCAACUGGAUUUGAGUCCAAUGGAUUGUAUGGAUCUGUCAAUAGUAACAAUAACGCUCAUGGAUUAUUGAUGAAUAACAGUAGUGAAACAAACACUAAUCAUAAUAUAAUUGUAGGCCUAGGAUCUAAUCAAAUUAACCAUUCAUCUUCAAGUCCAAUACUGCGGCAAUCAACAACUAAUCGCAUUUCUACAAUUUCCACAUCAACUUAUCCGGUCUCAUCUCAGCACCAUCAUCAUCCCCAACACUCACAAAAUCCUCAUCCACAUGAACAUCAUGAACAUCACCCUCACCACCCUCAUCACCACCUUCAACAUCAUCAACAUCAAGUUGAGCACCAGCAACAACACCAUCAUACUCAGUCUCAUCCUCAUCACCACUCAUAUAGUUAUCAAGAAAUUUACUCAAAUAACUACUUAGCAACAAACUCUUCUACCUGUGAAACAACAUCAAGUUGCCACAAUAACGCCAAUACUAAUAUUAACGCAAUGACAAAUUGUUCAACUAACCAAUCAACUCAUCAUUCUAGCUUCCAAAUCGAUGAUUACUCUUCACACUAUACCGAUCUUAGUCAAUCUAUUGCUUCCUCAAAGUGUGCAGAAUCAUUUAGUGGUCUCCUUGGAUCUGGUAGCAUUGGAAAAGAUGUAAGAAUCAUAACACCAAUUUCCAUGGUGUCCGACACAUCAACAAGUAACAUGAAAUCCAAUUCUAAUCAAGAUAUAAUCAAUGGUGAUCCAUCCUCAUCGAGCUCAUCAACUUCAUCUAAAGAUACAGUUGAUUCUGUUAACGGAGGAACACUUGGAUCAUUAACACCCUUUGAAUUAGACGAAUCAUCUUCAAGUGAUCAUUCAACACUAUCAUCUUCCCAAGAUUCACCAUCAUUGGAAAACUCAGAUAAAUCUGAUUCCCAAGAUGUUCAAUCCUCAGAUGAUAUAAUCGAAAACUUUGGAGAGAUAAUCAAGAAAACCAUGGUAGAAACGGUUACAGCAUGAUAACCAAACAGAAAAUGAAAAUUUGAUCAAAAUUUUUUCCACUUUUCUCUUUUUUUAAGAAUAAUAUUUUCAACGAAAAAAAGAAAUGAAAUCAAAAAAAUCAAUGCAUGUGCCAUUUUUAAUCAUCAACCUCAAUUAAUUGUAAACACUGAUUAGAUUGACACUUCCAACCCAAUCUCUUAGCAAGAAUCUAAUCAUCUGUUUAUAAACAAUCAGUAAGAAGGAGCAGAAGAUGUCACCAUGCAAGAGAUGGAAUCAAAUAGAAUGAAACAUGUUGGAAGAUUAAUCCACCAAAACCAAAAGAGAAGAUCAACUUAACCCACCAUCACUUUUUCUUUCCACCUUCACCAUGGAUUCAUUGGGUUAACCAUAAAACUCCACUUUGAUCAUGAUUUACAUUCUUGAUUCAACACUUUGGCUUAUUGGAAAAUGCAACAAACAAACAAAAGUCUAAUGAUCAUUUAUCAUUCAAAUGAUUAUUUAUAUUCAUAUAAAUAUCUAUACAUACACACACACACUCUUAUAUAUUAAUCCUAUUAAUUUAAUUGCUGUUGAAAUUACUUUCUCUUUCUCUCUCUCGUUUUCUUUUCAUUAAUGUCCUCCAAUUUUUUUUCAAUCUUUGAUCAUCAUCAUCCUGAUGUUUCAUAUAUAAAAAGUAUAAAUAUCUUGUUUCACCUUUUUCAUGAUACGAAAAAAUCAGAACUUUUCUUCCAACCCUCCCCCCUCUCUCUCUCUUUCUAAUUAUAUAACUUCAAUUGUAAACCCAAACUUAAGUUUAUUGUCAUAUGAUGUCCACGAUUAUCAUGAUGAUAAUUAUGGACGAUAAACAAAACAAUGUAAAAAAAACCACUUCCCACUUCCCACCCUCCUCUCAAUCCACCUCGUUACUUUUUUCUUAAAAUUUGGUGCAAGGUUUCAAGAGAGCGAGAGAGCAACAAUUUAAUUAGCCCCAGGAAAAAAAAGUCGAUCAGAACUAUAUAAAUAAGUAAAUUAUAAAUAUAUAUAUAUAUUUAAAUAAAUUAAUAACAAUUAAAGUUUCACAAUUUAA